UUUCCCCCGGAGAAGGCCUCUUGCCUGGCACCUGGGAGGACCUCGCCGGGGGCGGCCCGCUCCGAAGCUGGGCCCUGGCCCGAGAGCGACCCAUUAAGCGGCUGAAGUUCAGACGCAGGCGGGGUGGGCGGCGGUUCACCGGCAGCCGGAGAGAACCUGUGCGGGGACUCUUGGUGGGACGUGGGCGCCAGGCAGCCUCUGGCGGGAGCCUGGAGCUGGCAGCCAGCAGGGCAGCAGGCUCUUCCUGCAGACUCUUUUUUCCUGAGGAUCCUAUUAAGAUUGUCCGGGGCCAAGGGCAGUACAUGUAUGAUGAACAGGGAGCAGAAUACAUCGAUUGCAUCAACAAUGUGGCUCACGUUGGGCACUGCCACCCUCUCGUGGUCCAAGCAGCACAUGAACAGAACCAGGUGCUCAACACCAACAGCCGAUACCUACACGACAACAUCGUGGAUUUCGCACAAAGGCUGUCGCAGACCCUGCCAGAGAAGCUCUGUGUGUUUUAUUUCCUGAAUUCUGGGUCGGAGGCCAAUGACCUAGCCCUGAGGCUGGCCCGCCAGUACACAGGACACUGGGACGUGGUGGUAUUAGACCAUGCUUAUCACGGUCACCUGAGCUCCCUGAUCGACAUCAGCCCCUACAAGUUCCGGGACCUGGAUGGCCAGAAGGAGUGGGUCCAUGUGGCACCUCUCCCAGACACAUACCGGGGCCUCUACCGGGAGGACCACCCCAAUCCGGCUGAGGCCUAUGCCAAUGAGGUGAAACGUGUGGUCAGCAGUGCACAGGAGCAGGGCAGGCAGAUUGCCGCAUUCUUCGCUGAGUCUCUGCCCAGUGUGGGAGGGCAGAUCAUUCCCCCUGCUGGCUACUUCCCGGAAGUGGCAGAGCACAUCCGCAAGGCUGGAGGGGUCUUUGUUGCAGACGAGAUUCAAGUGGGCUUUGGCCGAGUCGGCAAGCACUUCUGGGCCUUCCAGCUGCAGGGGGAAGACUUCGUCCCUGACAUUGUCACCAUGGGCAAGUCCAUUGGCAAUGGCCACCCUGUAGCCUGCGUGGCCACAACCCAAGCUGUGGCAAGAGCAUUUGAAGCCACCGGUGUCGAGUACUUCAAUACGUUUGGGGGCAGCCCAGUGUCCUGUGCAGUGGGGCUGGCCGUCCUGGAUGUCUUAGAGAAGGAACAGCUGCAGGCUCACGCUGCCUGUGUGGGCAGCUUCCUGAUGGAGCUCCUCGGGCAGCAGAAGGCCAAGCAUCCUAUCAUCGGGGACAUCAGGGGCGUCGGGCUUUUUAUUGGUGUGGAUUUGAUCAAAGAUGAGGCCACCAGGACGCCAGCCACCGAAGAAGCUGACUAUUUGGUAUCCAGGCUGAAGGAGAACUACAUUUUGCUAAGCACUGACGGCCCUGGGAGGAAUGUCCUGAAGUUUAAGCCCCCAAUGUGCUUCAACUUGGACAACGUACAACAUGUGGUAGCAAAGCUGGAUGCCAUCCUAACAGACAUGGAAGAAAAGGUGAGAAGUUGUGAGACUCUAAGGUCCCAGCCCUGUGGUAGCCCUGCUGUGUAAUGUCCUUUACUAG